AUGUCGGCUACUUUACCUGUGCAGGUGAGCGCUGAGAAGAUGAGGGCACUCAAAGCUCAAACUGUUCCGACAGAGGCUUUCAAAAAGUUUGAAAAGAAAAGAAAACAAGCACUUGAAGAUACCGAGCAAAACAGAAAGGAAACAGCUGCACAGCUCAGACGUGUAGGAGAGGUGUUGAGAAACAAUGCAGACUCCAAAGAUGAAAGUGGCAAGAGACCGCCAAAGACAGGAUCAGCAAAGGAUGAGAAGACAAAGAACAAGUCUGGGGAGAAGCAGAAGGAGAAGGUUGCAAAAAAUGAAGACCAGGAGGAGAACCAAAAGUCAGGUGAGAAGACUGGCUCUUCGAAGGAUGAGAAGACAAAGACGAAACCUGAGGAGAAGCAGAAGGAGAACGCGGCAAAGAAGAAAUCCACAGAGCCAAGCGAGGAGAAGAAGCCACAUGAGAAGACAGGAUCUGCAAAGGAUCAGACGAUGAAGACGAAGCCUGAGGAGAAGCAGAGAGACAAGGAAGCAAAGAAGAAAAGCAAAGAAGAUGAGACCAAGCCGAAGUCAGUUGAGGAGACUGGCACAGCACAGGACCAGAAGACGAAGACAGAGCCUGAGAAGAAAAAGAAGAAGAAGGCACAGAAUGAAGACCAGGAGGAGAACCAGAAGUCAGGCGAGAAGACUGGCUCUGCGAAGGAUCAGAAGACAAAGACAACACCUGAGGAGAAGCAGAAGGAGAAGGCGGCACAGAAGAAAUCCACAGAGCCAAGUGAGGAGAAGAAGCCAGAUGAGAAGACAGGAUCUGCAAAGGAUCAGACGAUGAAGACAAAGCCUGAGGAGAAGCAGAGAGACAAGGAAGCAAAGAAGAAAAGCAAAGAAGAUGAGACCAAGCCAAAGUCAGUUCAGGAGACUGGCACAGCAAAGGACCAGAAGACGAAGACAGAGCCUGAGAAGAAGAAGAAGAAGAAGAAGGCACAGAAUGAAGACCAGGAGGAGAACCAAAAGUCAGGUGAGAAGACUGGCUCUUCGAAGGAUGAGAAGACAAAGACGAAACCUGAGGAGAAGCAGAAGGAGAACGCGGCAAAGAAGAAAUCCACAGAGCCAAGCGAGGAGAAGAAGCCAGAUGAGAAGACAGGAUCUGCAAAGGAUCAGACGAUGAAGACGAAGCCUGAGGAGAAGCAGAGAGACAAGGAAGCAAAGAAGAAAAGCAAAGAAGAUGAGACCAAGCCGAAGUCAGUUGAGGAGACUGGCACAGCACAGGACCAGAAGACGAAGACAGAGCCUGAGAAGAAAAAGAAGGAGAAGGCACAGAAUGAAGACCAGGAGGAGAACCAAAAGUCAGGCGAGAAGACUGGCUCUUCGAAGGAUCAGAAGACAAAGACAACACCUGAGGAGAAGCAGAGGGAGAAGGUGGCAAAGAAUGAAGACCAGGAGAACAAGAAGUCAGGUGAGAAGACCGGCUCUGCGAAGGAUGAGAAGACAAAGACGAAACCUGAGGAGAAGCAGAAGGAGAAGGCGGCAAAGAAGAAAUCCACAGAGCCAAGCGAGGAGAAGAAGCCAGAUGAGAAGACAGGAUCUGCAAAGGAUCAGACGAUGAAGACGAAGCCUGAGGAGAAGCAGAGAGACAAGGAAGCAAAGAAGAAAAGCAAAGAAGAUGAGACCAAGCCGAAGUCAGUUCAGGAGACUGGCACAGCAAAGGACCAGAAGACGAAGACAGAGCCUGAGAAGAAAAAGAAGGAGAAGGCACAGAAUGAAGACCAGGAGGAGAACCAGAAGUCAGGCGAGAAGACUGGCUCUUCGAAGGAUCAGAAGACAAAGACAACACCUGAGGAGAAGCAGACAGAUUCAGGUCAAAAGCCUGGCACAACAACCAGUGCCACUACUGCUUUGAAGAGAGGAUCUCAGCAGGCAACAGGAGAGAUCCAGCCAGUGUCACCGGACAAGAAGAAACUGAAGUCCGAACAUGCAAACCAGACAAAGAGAGACUUGGAGAAGGUACCUGGACAGUCUCCUGAGAAAAAGAAGGCAAAGGGAAAGGAGCCACAGUGGGAGGAGCAGAUCAAGUUUCGUCAGGACCCUCUGAAGGACUUGGAACGUGUUGGCACCUUGGACUCGAUCGAAUUAGCAACUCCGCGGCGUGAGCUGUCCUUCAGCGCGGCCCAGGCUCGACACAAGGCAGUCACCGAUUUGACCACUGACCAGAAGGAAUCGAUUCUGGCCAUGACCAAGCCCAGUGACCUUAACCCUGAUGAGAGAAAGCGCCAGUAUUCCUCAUUAAGGUUCACCAUGUUGAAGUCAUGGAUGACAAACCCAGACUUGAGUUCCAUCGACGUGGAGGAGAAAUAUGUGUCGUACGUGGAGCAGCUCCGCACUGACCGUUACACCACUGUCACGAUCCUGCAACUGGAGAAAAUUUAUGGUCGCUCAAAGGGUGCCCAGGAGUUCAUUGCCCAGUCGGCAAGUUGGUCCCCAGCUGUGGCCUCUUGCCAGGCGCCGUCCUGCCCAAAGGCAAGAAUGUAUAAAGUCUUAAAGGAGGUAGUGGAAGACACCUCUACUGGGAAGCGUGCGGAGACCAAUGCUUCCUUGAAAGGAAGGGUGAGGGAUGACAAUGCGAAAAAACUCAUAGCGAAGCAACUUGGAGGGCUGAUGGAUGAUGUCCCGAGCUUUGAUCUGAAGACUGGACAGAUCAAGACUAAGAAAGCCAAGAAAGAAAAAUCACCAGAAGACAUGGCAGUGCAAGAGCUCAAACAACUUGAGAAAAAGUUGAAGGCCUUGGUGAAUGGCAUUCCGAGCUGUAUCAAGGAGAUUGCGGAUUUGAAUAAGCUUAAGAUCCCUGUGUCGUCUAUCAUAGCUGAUGAGAUUGCCGGCUUCAUCCUCGUGGAGAAGGAAACUGUGAAAGACUGCGAUGUUGAUUUCCGUGACGGCAAGCGCCGUGUUAAUGCUGCUAAGGCCCCCCGGAAAAGUCGGAAGGCUACUCCUGCUGAUGCAUGUGCAUCAUCUGCAGGUGGUAGUGAGAGAAAUUUACACUCGCUGGUGGACACCCUUUGCAAUAGUGACCCGCGUGAUUCCCAUUUUGCACGUGCUUUUUGGCGAUGGCUACGAAAGCAGGAAUGGCGAGCAAUGGUGGAGGUUGUCCUUUGUGAUCCCAGUCGUGACAGUCCCCUUUACUUGGGUGAAUGGCAUUUGUUUCUACCAAGCGAUGUGUUUCUUGCUAAAUAUGUAAAUGUUUCGGAUAGCAGGUGUUCACUGUUUUUUUUCCUGCUAUCUUUUGUUUACUCAUAUUGGAAUUCUGUACGGCACACCCAGUGGUUUCAGGAGCAUCCAGUACUCUCUUCGUCUGACUGUCAGCUUGAUCGAUGUGUGCCCCUGGUUGUGCACGGAGAUGGGGCAGACAGUCACAGGAGACGCUCUUUCUUAGUGCUCACCAUGGGGUCACUGGUUGUCUCAGGAAACUUUUGGGAUUGCAAAUUUUUACUGUACUGCCUGGACGAGUCAAGUGCUACCCCUGAUACAGUUUCAACCUUGGACCUUUGGUGCGCCUGGUCAAUGACUGAGUUACAGCUUGGAUCCUAUAUGGAUAAAGACCCCUGGGGAUGUAGCCUCGCUGCUUUUGACACUGGAAAACGUCAAGGCCUGAUUGCCGGCGGCUACAAAGGCAUCCUUUGCUACCACAAGGGAGACGAGAAGUACCACCAGAAAGUUUACAGAGCAAGUCAUGGAGCUGUGAGUCGCAAUGUGUGCGUGACAUGCAGGGCAACAAACGAUGGUGAUAUGGUGUACACUGCGCACGGCAUCAACGCAAUCCAUCGCACCACACGUCUCUCUACAGAGGAGUUCAUCACUGGGGUUUGCGGCACCAGGACAUGGGUGGGCGUACCAGGGUGGCAUGUGGGAAUGCUUUGCUAUGACUGGCUUCAUGUCGUCGACUUACCCGUGAUUCCUGAAGUCGCUGCAUCUUGCCUCGUCGAGCUCACAGAGGAAAGCACAUUUGGGCAUGCGUCAACUGCUGAUGAGCGUUUGCGAUUGGCAUUUGUUGCGUUCACAAAAGCUUGCAAGAGGGCAGGUGUGCGCAAUCGUGGGCAAAUGUUCAGUAUGCUACGUGCUGCAGUUUUUGUCAAUCUGGUUGCGAUGCGCGCUGCAAUGAGUGAUUCGUCCAACACCGGAGUCAAGCUGACCGAUUCCAAUUUGCAAAUGCUGCAGCGUGCAAACUAUUUGUUCCAUUCCGCACACAACUGGCUUGCGACUGAAGCUUUGGAAAAAGAAAAUCUACUUUGGCGCACACGUCCAAAGUAUCACAAGUAA